AUGCCUCCCCGCAAGAAGCAACGCGUCGAUGCAACCACUCCUUUGAGGCGCAGCCCACGUACAACGUUCACUCCUACGAAGCCAUUUCCGACUGCCCCACGACGCCGUAAUGUUCGGGGCGUAUUGAAGGAUAUGCUCAAGAUGCCGUUGGACAUUCUGUUUGAGGUCUUUGCUCUCCUCCACCCCGAAGACUUGCUACACCUUUCUCGUACCAACAAGGCGUUCCGGCAGCUCUUGCUGGACCCAGCCGCGGCGUCGUUCUGGAAGGCCGCGAGGUGCCGGGUGAAAGGGUUUCCAGCCCCACCCCCGCAUCUCAGUGAGCCCUCGUUUGCUAGUCUUCUAUUCUCCCCCUGCUGUCGCGCGUGCGGAAAGCCUGGAGAGUUCCCCGUACUGGUAGAGCUCUUCACAAGAUAUUGCACCGAGUGUGAGGAGCGAUGUCUCGUCCGAGCGGCUCGCUCCCAGCUUCCCGACGAGCGUUUUUCCGUCCGCAAGUGGGUGAACACCGUCCGUACAGACGGGUCUGGCCCGAAGUAUCGGAUGCUUCUCGCGGAAGCGGAGCAUAUCAAGCGUCGAUGGGCGAAUUUGAGCUGUGAAGAUGAGAAGAAAGAAUACCUCGCUGAGCGUAUCGCGUUCGUCGUGCAAUGUCGGGAGCAUGCAAGUGCUCUCCGGAGUUGGUUGGAUGCAGUCGAGCUGACCAAGAUAGCUGAGCGGAGCGCUCUAAAAGCCGAACGAUAUGAUGACGACUCCGUAACGACGGCUGGGGCGACGAUCUCGACGCCCUCGAAUGGAAUACCAGAAUGGCAGGCGAUCCGCAAGAGAGCGAUCAAAAUAUUGGAACCUCACCGCGAGAAGAGGUUGAGAGACAAGGAGGACAAGCGGAUUCGAUCGAACCUCAUCCGUCUGCGUAAGAUCGUCAAGCAAUAUCAGCAGUCGGUAUGGGCACCACAAGCUGGUCUCCGAUUCUUCCCAGGUUUUUUCGAGCUUGCGACCGUUCCCGCGAUUUGCUCGUUUGUGCGGCAGAAUCCUUCAUUCGACGCUGGUGAUCUGGCCACAGAACAAGAAGUGGCAUCGCUACUACCAGGUCUACACAAGCGACUCGCGGCUCAUGCCACUAGUACCCUUGCACACAUGGUCCACAAGGCUCUUGGUACAGACCCAGCAACACACUCAGAUGUGAAGAUUCUGCAGCUCGCGACUUCCUGCUUCCAGUGCAAAACCCUCCACAACGUCUCCGAGAGCGGUUGCAUGAAGUGCGAAUACGCGUUCAACGUCGAAUCUGUCCGCACUCACUUCAUCCGAGGGGUCACAAGUCGGCGAAUGAUCGUCGCGAGCUACGGUCUCAACCCCGACCGCGCGACAUUCACGGACAUGGAUGGCUGCGGUGUCCGUCUGCGGUGCAAGCUGUGCCGCGCCCAUCCAGACAAGCUGGAGGUGUUCGAUUGGGAGGGUGCGAUCCUGCACGACGUGGCUCGGCAUCACAGGUCCUUGGACGACGACACCUCGCACUGGGAGCCCGUUGCGGCCGAACAGGCAACACGGGUGUGCGAACUUCAAGACGCCUACAUGCGGGGCCUUUCCGCUACUUCCACUGGCCGUCAUGCCUGCACCUGGUGCGGCCGUCAUACGUAUCGCGAUUCCGGGCCCCGGCAUGAUCGCGACGAGCAAAUGACACUGGUUGAGGUCAAGAAGCACCUGCUGGCCGAAGGAGUUGACUAUGUUGUUGACUACGAACCAAAGCCCGCGAUUACCAUGUUCAAACCGAAACUAUCGAAGAAUUGGCAGGCCACGGAGUUAGUUCAGGAUGGACUUGGGUUCUUCAUCGAUUUCUGA